GUCUCAAGAAUGUCCAAAUCGCCACCGUCUCCGACGUUAAUUUCGAGGCUCGCUUCACCAUACGCGGAACGCAAGAUUUUGAUCCUGAGGAGAAAUGUUGCUCCACAAAAGAAACCGAGCUUUCAGAAGCUUAAAAUCGACGAGGUUUUAGCAUCUCCAGCAAUUCGGGCAUCAGUAGCAAAAGGGUUCAUCGUGAAGAAACUGCAGAAGCGGCUGCUGGAUGGAAGCCAGGAGAUGGAGGAAUAUGCUGAAUUCGAGAUUGAGAUUCCUCCCAAGUCAGUUCUACUCUUUCCCUCUGAAAAUGCUUUUACUGUAGAUUGUGGUGUAGAUGGUAGUGAUUUUGAUGUGAAUAAUUUGAUAGUUUUGGAUGGAACAUGGGCAAAAGCAAAGAGAAUGUACAAUGAAAAUCCUUGGUUGAGGCUUUUGCCACAUCUGAAGUUGGAUUUGGAGAAGAUUAGCUUGUAUAGUGAUGUGAGACAUCAGCCCAAGAUUGGUUUUUUGUCCACCAUUGAAAGCAUUGUUUAUGCCUUGAAGUUAAUAGGAGAUAACCCUGAAGGGCUGGAUAGUUUGUUGGAUGUUUUUGAGUCCAUGAUUGGAGAUCAAAGGAGAUGUAAAGAUGAGAGGCUAAAAAUGGGAAAAACUUCAUUUGGUUCUUGAUGAAUAUGUAUAAAGCUAAGAGAAGGCGAAAAAGCGCUGCCAAGGCAGCAUGAGCAUGCUUCUAUUGCUAUGCAAACAGUACAGCAGGAUAGUAGAGCUUUCAUUCCCAUUUGUCAAUGAGGCGAGGCGAGAUAAUUGCUGUGCAAAGGUUUCUUUGGGCUAGACAGAGAUUGGCCUUUGAGUGCAAAAGCAGAAGGGAGCAUGACUACAAGACACGAAAGCAAGAGAAACCUUGUCGACCAAUAGAUGAUUCGUGGAACUUUCACAAACCUUCAGCCAUGUGUAAUGGUGUGGUUACUCAUCUUAAUCAUGAUCUAGGCAUGAUCAUACGAGUUCGAGUUCAAUGAUACGCGAAAUCCUAGUGCACGAGACAACUUUGAUGCGAGGUUAGCGCUAGCGUGCUCAUAUCAUGAACUCAAUCCGCUCUUUUCAAACAGCACCUUCCAUCUAAAGUUAUGGGAACAGUGGAGCCUAAAGGCUUUAACAGCAGUAUAUGUUUGCUUACUGGCUUCACUCCUGUUCAAUCUUUCAUCAAAAUAUCUGGCUCUACAAGAUCACCAAAUGUCUCACCUUGCUGCAAGUAAUCAAAGCCUGAAAGGUCACGUUGUGUUGAUUUGGUUUACAAGAAGCCAUUUGAGUAGGUUAGAAUAAUGUGGCUAACAAUUUUGCGUCGUGCGAGAGAAUUUGGAAAUCGUAUUUUGAACUAGUAUCCGUAUUGAAUGAUUAUCAAGGGUUAGAUAGAUUUUGAACUUGUAUCGAAGGACUAUUAGGAGAUGAUCAAAUCGAAU